AUGUUCCGCGCGCAGGCGAACCAGUUUGACGACGUAGUCGUGCGAGCUACGGAUGAGAACCUCACGAGCGAGAACUGGGAAUACAUACUCGACGUCUGCGACAAGGUCGGCGCGAGCGAUAGCGGGGCGAAGGAUGUCGUUGCUGCCUUGAUCAAGCGCAUGGCGCAUCGCAACGCCAAUGUCCAGCUAUACACCCUUGAGCUGGCGAACGCAUUGUCGCAGAACUGCGGCCUGAAGAUACACAAGGAGCUGGCCUCGCGGAGCUUCACCGACGCCCUUCUACGUUUGGCAAAUGACCGGAACACACACCAACAGGUCAAGGCGAAGAUUCUGGAGCGCAUGGGCGAGUGGACCGAGAUGUUCGCCAAGGACCCUGAUCUCGGAAUCAUGGAACAGGCUUACAUGAGGCUUAAGACACAAAAUCCCAACCUGCGACCCCCAUCGAAGCCCCAGAAGACCCAGAUCACAGACUCGGACCGCCAGAAGGAAGAGGAAGAGCUACAGAUGGCUUUGGCCCUCUCGGUCAAGGAAAGCGGAACUGAGCCGUCCGCUGCCAGGUCCAACCAGCCGCAAGCAAGCGCUCCGCAACAACCCGCCCCGGAACAAGAGCAGCACCAAGCCAUUGCGUCCGGAACCACAGCAGCCACUGUCUCCCGUGUUCGAGCCCUCUAUGACUUCACGCCCUCGGAGCCCGGUGAGCUGGCCUUCCGCAAGGGCGACAUUAUUGCAGUCCUGGAAUCUGUGUACAAGGACUGGUGGAAAGGCUCUCUGCGCGGACAGACGGGUAUCUUCCCUCUGAACUACGUCGAAAAGCUGCAGGACCCUACGAAAGAGGAGCUGGAGAGAGAAGCUCAGAUGGAGGCCGAGGUAUUUGCGGAGAUCAAGAACGUCGAGAAGUUGCUGGCUCUGUUGAGCACUAGCUCGAGUGCCGAUGCAAGGGACAACGAGGAGAUCACUUCACUGUACCACAAGACUGUGUCGAUACGGCCGAAGUUGAUCGAGCUCAUUGGCAAAUACUCGCAAAAGAAGGACGACUUUACGCAGCUGAACGAGAAGUUCAUCAAGGCACGUCGCGACUACGAAACUCUUCUUGAAGCCUCGAUGUCGCAACCAGCACAGCCCGGGUACGGUCGCCAACCCUACGGCUAUGGCGCUGGCGCCCCUCCGCCUCAGAGUGCUCCAUACGGUGGCUAUCCUCCGCAAGGGCCUCCUCCCCAGGAACGGUAUUACUCACCCACUCCCGCAGCAGACCAAGGUUACGGGUAUCCUCCUCAGAACGGGCCCCAGCCCUUUAUGAUGGCCCAGCCCGGACAGGCACCUCCUUCUGCACAAGUCGCUAGCCCUAAACCAGCAAAUGGAGACCUUUCUUAUGUUCCGCAGCGCGUGCCUGUUGGUGGGCGGCCCACAUCUAUGGCAUUUCCCCAGGAAAUGGCGGCCAACAGCCCAGUUGAUGCCAGGCCGCCUCCACAGCAGGGCUACAACGCUUACCCUCCACAACCCAACCAAGCCCCUCCCGGCGUGCCUACAGACCCGGCUUCUGCACCAGGCUACCCACCCCAGCCGCAAGCCAACCGCCAAUCCUCGUACGACUCACCAUCCUCAGCCUACCCGCCCCAGCCUCCACAGGGACCGUCGGACCCGUACAUCCAGCAGCAACCGCCGCAACACCAGCACCAGCAGUCACUGCCCGGUGCGUACCCGCCGUCCGGCAACACGCCGCCGCCCGGCCAGAGCCCGUACAUAGCGUUCAACCAGAGCACGGUGACGCUGCCUCCGGCCGGCGGUCCCAGCGCACCGCCGCCAGGCGCCGGCGGUGGCUACCAGGCUUACAACCCCAAUGCGGGCGCGGCACCGGCGCAGAGGUGGGGACAGCCGCCUGCGGCUAUGGCGGGCGGAGGCGCGAGGGAUGAUGCGGAUGGAUUCUAUCGUUGA